AUGAGGCCGUCGCCCACCACGGGCCAGAGGUGCGCGUUCGUGGCCUACGCCAGGAGAGAGGCGGCGGAGCAGGCCAUGGGCCUGAUCCACGGCCAGUACAAGAUCCGGACAGACCCCGGGGCGGAGGCUCUGACGGUCAAGUGGGCCAAGGAUCGGGACAGCGGCGGCGACAAGGGCUGGGGCGGCGGCAAGGGCGCCGCGCCCUUCAACGGCGGCGGCGGCGGCUGGCAGGACCGGGGCGGCGGCGGGGGCUGGCAGGGCGGGGGCGGCGGCGGGAAGGGCGGCGGCGGCAGCGGCGCCAGCGGCACGCGGCUGUACGUGGCGAACCUGCCCGAGGGCAUCGACAACACGACCCUGGAGUACGUCUUCAAGACGUACGGCAGCGUGACGAACGUGCACGUCAUGGGCCAGAAGGCCAUCAAGGGCUGCGUGUCCGCGUUCGUGGACUACAGCACGCCGCAGGAGUGCGACGUCGCCAUCGCGACGCUGCACGACAAGUACGAGAUCCAGCCGGGCCUGGGGCCGAUCACUGUCAAGCACGCGGCGCCGAAGGGGAAGGACAAGGGCCAGGGCAAGGGCAAGUUUCAGCCCUACUGA